CGUUUUGCCCCAGGCCCCCUGAAUCCUCUGGGCAGCCCUGCCUGGAGGUCCUGAUGGGGGCCUCGCCCCCUCGCUAGGGGGCUGUCUCUGGGUUCAGUGGCCGGGUGUGGGGGAGGGCUCAAUAUCUGGAGCGCUCUCCCCUGCCGGGGGGGGUCCCAGGAGUUAGGCGCCUCCCCCACGCCGGUGAGCGGCCCAGCCGCCCUCCGGGCUGUGCCCCAGCACUCGGUCAGGGCCGGGCGGGCGGGGGCGGCGGGGCGCUGUGCGGCAGCCGCCGCGAGACCGUUCUCACAGCUCCCACCAGCGGGCCUGGGCAGGGCGCUUCGGGCCCGACACAGGCUCAGCCUGGCAGGCGGCCGCUUUUCCAAGAAACUUGAGCCCCGCGCGCUGCCGUCCGGGCCCCUCCAAACGAGCCCAGGGGGCUGGCGCGGCGCGCCCGGCUCCGUAGGUCCCGGGCACUCGCGCGGCGGAUCCGAGCAGGCCGGCGCCCGCGCCUGCAUCGCACCAUGUCCGCCCUCGCCAAGGCCUCCGGCGUCCUCAAGUCAGUGGACUAUGAAGUGUUUGGCCGGGUGCAGGGUGUUUGUUUCAGAAUGUACACAGAAGAUGAAGCUAGGAAAAUGGGAGUAGUUGGCUGGGUUAAAAAUACCAGACAAGGGACUGUUACUGGCCAAGUUCAGGGCCCAGAAGAUAAAGUAAAUGCGAUGUGGUCGACAAAUGAUUACAGCCUACUCCUGCUGCCCAUUACUGGAGUUACUCUUUUCACUGUAGUGAGUGCUGACUAUGCUGCAGUGCUGGAGGUCCAGAGUUCAAACCCUGAUGAUGAUGCAUUAUGGGUGGAUGAGUUACAGUUGCACAUAGUAGAAUUUGCUUACCUCACACACUCAACAGAAAUGACUGUUGCUCUCAACCCCUGUGUGGCAGGGCGAUGUCUCGCUGGCGCAGCAUCUCCUGCUGAUUGUCUCAGGAAUUAGCUCUCCAGCAUCCAGAGUGCCCUCUGCACGCCGGUGUUGCGCCUGCCGCUGGCCCGUGUUCCUCCUGGACCUCAGUGCCCCUCUACGACAGGGUUCUGUCCCUGGCAGUAACCCACAAUCUGGGUCUCCCUACCCUGGGGAACCCCCCACCCUCUAUUCCCAUCUUGCUUCAGAGGCUACUGCCAGUCACUAUCUAGCCCCCGCUCCCUGGGGCAGACUGCAGUCUAUAAACCACUCAUCGUUGGCAAGGGGGUUUGGACCAGCUGCCUCUGCCUAUUCCUGGGCUACACUUCUGCAACCAUAGUAUCCGCUUGUGGGCCCUUAACUUGGCCUGCAGCCUGGGGCUUUGCUAGGCUGGAGCUCCCGAGCUCCCUCUGCCCUUCCCCAGCACUGCUCCACUUCAGAUACCUUCCUCAGCUUCCCAAGCAGCCAGGUCCUUCUCUCUCAGGAGCGAGAGAGAGAAUGUCUGUCUUAGCCUCUGGCCCUCAGCCCUCUUAUAGGGCCAGCUGUGGCCUGAUUGGGGCGUGGCUGCUUACCCCAAUCACCCUGGCUUUUCCCCACUGCAGCCCUCCCCCAGAGCUGUUUUAUGCCCUCCAGGGCAGCAGCAGGGUAAUCACCCCAUUACACCCUCGUUUAGGCAAGACCUAAAGGAACAGGUUUUUAAAAAGAAAGAUAGUUUCUGUGGCAAAAAACCUGUCACUUCUGUCAUAUGUUCUUUAAUUCAGACACACCCUUGCUUCUCAAACAAGAUUACCUUUCCCAAAGAGAAGCAGGUGAUAACUCUCAAAUUGGAAGAGAAGGAAACUGGACAAAGUGACUCCGAAAAGUCACUUGCUAGUUUAUUGCAGAGUACUACCUUCUGUAGAUGUAUUUCAUAGGAAACAAUCAGGUGGGUGGCAAGCUUCUGAUUUUCCAGCUGCGUGUGACAGUAUGCCACAAAAUAUUGCUAGUCCAUCACAUAUUUUGGAUAGGCAAUUUCCAUUCCAAUGUUUUAACUCAUACUUGCUAUUGUGAAAUAGUUAAAAGAAAACUACCUAUUUUGCUCAUUCCAGAAAUAUGAAGUUCUUAAAGAUUAAGCCAAAUUAUUUGUCAUAGUUAUUACUUAAUUUAUUCCACUUUCAAAGGCUUUCCUGACACACACAGUCAACAUCUACAUUUUGAUAUCUGUUCCUUUAUGCAAGACAGUGUCAUGCCAGUGGAGCUGAAAUUUUGUGUGGAAACUGCUAUAAUAUACUUAACAACAAAUGAUAUGAUGCAGCUCUGAUGGUAUCAUAUGAGCUUCCGAGGUAAAGCUUAUUACAGUAACUGUAGUUUGUUUUAGUUGGGAGGCAUUACAAAAGUCUAAUCGCAGUAUAUGGUUGUACAUACUUUAUUUGCUGUAGCACCAAAUCACUAUAGGCAAAGUUGAAGACAUAGAGCUUGCCUACACACAAAAGUUGUACUGCAUAGAAGGAGAAUAAGCUAUACCAAUGUAAGUCACCUUUAUGUUGUUAAAAAGAGAUUUUACUGGUAUAAUUUAAGUAAAAAAAAUCACAUACACACACACACAACCAAAAUAGCUAUGGGUGAAAAACUGUGUGUAGGCCUGGUCAUAGCUUCAAACUUAAUCCUACAGAAGCACAGACAUUUCAAAUUUAGGUUUUAUGUGCAUUUCAUUGUUAGUAGUAUUUUUUAAUGGCAGGAGUAUCACAACCCAAAAAGUAGGUACUUCUAUAAAUCAUGGACUGUUGUGGAUUUUAGUAGAUUGUGAUUGUGUGCUUUGGGAAAUAUUUUGCAUGGCUUUAUGACACUGUAGCGUAGAACAAACAUUGUUUCAUUGGAAAGAUUUGUGUAAACAUUUGUGUAAGAAAGUGUACUCUGGGUUGGGUGCAUUAUAGUGUAAUGUUACUUAUUAGGUAAUUUGUAAAAAAGUAUACUGUAUAUAUGCAGUAGUAGUUCUAUCUGGUACUUAUAUUUUUAAUUACUUUAUUUAAAUUAGGAGUAUGUAGUGUAAGUAAAUUAUAUAUAUACUAAAAUAUUACAUAGCCAUAUUGGAUUUUGUAUUUAACUCACAGAUGUAUACAAGGUACUUUGCCCUUUAGUUGUUUUUUAAACCUCUGUAUCUUGACCUUAUUUUCCUUUGAUUAAUUAUCCAAAUCACUAGUUGAUGUUAUGGAAUAACAAGGUUACAUUUCUUGUUUUAUCUUGGACCUUUUUGAGGUACAAAGAUAAAAAACACUUUUUAUUUGGUAAGCUGAUAGUUGUGGAGGUGUGUUCACUUCCUAUAAUUUAAAACCUUUAUACUUUUCCUAAACUUUAAAAAAAUAGCAUAUAGGCUCAGCCUAUAUCAAUUUUUAGCCUAAAGCAAUUGAUUAACAUUUUUAUAUGUCCUUGAAUUAUGAUAUUUUUAAAAUGGAACAUUGGCAAACCCUAAUGUGUUGUAAAUGUAUUUUUUAAUUCUUUUGAAAUAGUUCUGUGAAGAAAUUGGCUGAGGAACUUUUUAGGUUGCUUUUUUAACUCAUAUUUUUUAAAAAUGGUUUUCAUACAAUAUGUAUGAUAAGAAAUUGAAACGUAUAAACCUAGAUUUCAAAAAAGGCCUGCAGCCUCUACCAUCAGGAAAUGAAAACUUCAAAUGCUGCAAUGUCUUUAAAAACAUGGGUGUGGUUUUCCUUAAAGUUAUGGAAAUCUGGAAUUCAGCAGUGGCCGUUAUCGUUAGGAGGGCUGCCUGGAAGCACAGAAGUCCAUUUCAGUUGUUCCCAGGCCAGCUUUCAGGGGCAUUUUGCAUGUGUGUUGUGUCUUCUUUUUCUCCUUCAUUGCCUCAUUCUUGUAAUAAGGAUGAUUGAUGGUGAAAGCUUUCUUUUGCAAAUUUCAUUACAUGUAGCCAAUUUGGAAUGCAGUUUCUGACAUUUUCUUUUAUAUGAAUAGUUUCAAAACUAUUGUUUUGUUAAAGUUAAAUCUACUUUUUGCAAAGUAAAAGAAGAUGGAAAAAUAAUGUUGCAUUUCCCAAUAAACCAUUUAAAAGUUGCAUCUUUAGGGAUUUAUGUGUGAUUAACUAAUAUGACUGCAUUAUGCACAGUAACUAUGGUCUUUGUCCUCGUGAUUUAAUGUCAAGUUGAUUUUUUGGGGUUGCAAAAUAAAUUAACAAAACCAGACAGGAAUUGUCCACACCCAUAUUAGAAAUCUGUUUGACAGACAAACUUUGCACUUAUUUUCACAUAAACUGAUGUAAAUUUGGAGUAUCUCCACUGAAGUCAGUAGAAAUACUCUAAAAUUUACACACUGGCGUAACUGCAAGCAUAAUUUGCCCCCUGAUUAUCAUCUAUCCUAUCAGCUGCUAGUGGUCCUGGGAAUGCAGUUGGGAGAGGGAAUGCACUAUGUCACCUAAUGUCAUCGUGCCUCAGUGGGUCACAGUUGAGAAUACCAGGUUCAGGACAAACUGCUGAGAAAUAGGGCAGACUCACCUCCAAACUGGUGGUUAUUCUAACAUCAGAUAUACCAAGCCAGUAACAAAAGUAAACUUCUGUCUCAAUACAUGGUUAACAAGAAAUUAAAAAUGCAGUUAUUUCAGCCUUUGUUUCAUCACUCAGACACUGGACUAUAUGAUGAGUGGUUAUUGAAAACCAAUUUCAUCACUUAUAGGGUCCUCUAAUCCCAAGAGAUCAACCACAUAGCCAGGUCAGUAUAUAACUCAGAUCUUACCCAAUAAUCACGCUGUUGUCCAUUCUUUAGUAUCUCAGUUCACGUCUACACUUGCAAAGUUACAGUGUCGCUCAGAGAGCGCAGAAGGGAAACUGCUGUUGUGUGUUCACACUGACAGCUGCCUGCACAAUAGCAUGUUCACACUUCCGGCACUAUUCAGAGUGGUGUACUCUGGGCAGCUGUCCCACAGAGCACCUCUUUCUCUUUUGCCGCCAAGACUUGUGAGAAGGCGGAGGGGGUCGCAGGGCAUUCUGGGUCCAGUCCCAAUGCCCCAUGAUACAUUGCUUUGCAUCCCAGCAAUCCCUGUACUUCCAUCUGCAUUUGGCGCCAUCUUUCAACAGUUUGCGUACUGUGCGCCCUGCCUCUUUCGGGCUGCAGGAAUGGAUCCCAAACUAUUAACCAGUAUGCUGCUCGUUCUGAUCAACACGUCACGAGUGGCAGUGGAGUUAUUCCUUAAAUUACAAAGGCAAGAACAGUGCAACAUUGAUCUUGCCAUGCAUAGUAGCUACGACACGAAAUUGCUUGUGGCAUUCAUGGAGGUGGAACUACAGUGGAAUGCCGCUUUUGGGCUCAGGAAACAAGCACUGAGUAGUGGGGUCACAUCGUGAUGUACGUCUGGGAUGACAAGCAGUGGCUGCAGAACUUUUGCAUGAGGAAAGCCACAUUCAUGGGACUGUGUGAUGAGCUUGCCCCAGCCCUGCAAGGACACAAGAAUGAGAGCUGCCCUGUCACUGGAGAAGUGCAUGGCAAUAGCACUAUAGAAGCUGGCUACUCCAGACUGCAACCGAUCGGUCGCUAACCAGUUCGGAGUGGGAAAAUUGAUCUUUGGAGUCGUGUUGAUGGAAGUAUGCAGGGCCAUUAAUCUCAUCCUGCUCUGAAAGACCGUGACUCUGGGCAACGUGCUUGACAUUGUGAAUGGCUUUGCACAAAUGGGCUUCCCUAACUGUGGAGGGGCGAUAGAUGGCACACACAUUCCAAUUCUGGCACCAGGCCACCUAGCCACCGAGUAUAUUAAUUGCAAAGAGUAUUUCUCAGUGGUUCUUCAGGCACUUGUGGAUCAUCAUGGGCGUUUUAUAGACAUUAACGCAGGCUGGUCCAGAAAGGUGCGUGGUGCACACAUCUUUCGGAACACUGGCCUGUUCAGGAAGCUGCAAGU